GUGAUGUAUGAAACAUUGUGUCCUCGUGUCGUGCUUAACCUUUCUGCUAGUGAUAACUUCACAACGGUAUGUUGUAUACGCGUGAUGAAAAUUCUAACCUCAAUAUAAGAAGUAAUUAUGGGACGUCGUAGAAAGGGUCGUUGUGUGAAGAAAAAUAAAUCAAUUAAUUCAGAAGAAAAUCCAGAUGUAAUAAAAGCACCUCAUUCUUUUGUUAUUCAUCGUGGAUUACCUGGAGAACAUAUUGUUGAACUUACUAAAGACUUUCGUAAAAUUAUGGAACCUUUUACGGCAAUGUCUUUAAAAGAAAGGAAAAAGAAUAGAAUUAAAGAUUUUAUAUCAAUAGCUAGUGUAUUUCAUAUUACACACAUGUGUAUAUUUACAAGAACAGAACAAGGAAUGUAUUUUAAACUGUGCAGAUUACCAAGAGGACCAACACUCACUUUUAAAAUACAUAGUUUUUCCUUAUCACGUGAUGUGAUAUCUUUAUUAAAAAAGCAAAUGGUAUAUGAAGAAUUAUUUAAAAAUUCUCCAUUAGUAAUCUUAAAUAAUUUUAGCGGAGAAGGUAUGCAACUGAAGCUUAUUGCUUCUAUGUUUCAAAAUAUGUUUCCAACAAUAAAUCUGACUUCGGUUAAUUUAAGUACAAUUCGUAGAUGUCUGAGCUUAAAUUAUAAUCCUAUAUCAAAAACAAUUGAUCUCAGGCAUUAUGCUAUUAAAGUAGUACCUAUUGAUGUAUCGAAAGGCGUUAAAAAAUUAAUUCAAGCCAAGAUUCCAAACUUGUCUAAAUGUGAAGAUUUCUCUGAUUUUUUAACAAAAGGAACAAUCUCUGAAAGUGAAGCUGAAGAUGAUCCUUCAAGUCAUAUUACAUUACCACAAACAUUAUCUUCACGUGGUAAUCAUGCAAAUAGUAAAAGUGCAAUCAAGCUCUUUGAAUUGGGUCCUAGAUUAACAAUAGAGUUAAUAAAAGUCGAAGAUGGAAUUCUAGAUGGUGAAGUGCUUUUCCACGAAUAUAUCCAUAAAUCUGAAGAAGAAAAACAAUUAAUAAAGAAAAAACAAGAAGCAAAAAAGAAAUUGAAGGAAAAAAGAAAGAAAAUACAAGAAGAAAACAAAAAGAAAAAGGAAUUACAAAAACAAGAACAUAAAGAAAAAUCUUUAAAAGGAAUGCAAAAGAAAAAAGAAAAUGAAAUAUUAUUACAAAAAAUUGCAAAAGAAUCAGUUAUGGAAAAUAAUGUAGAAGAUGAUGAUAUACAAUAUUAUCGUGAUGAAAUUGGAGAAGAGCCUGAUAAAGUCUUCAUUGCUUACCUCACAGUUUGGGUAGCAAUGUUACAUUUUUCUGGCAUUUCAUCAAAACUACUAUUUUUAGGCUUAAUAUUGCAUACAUCAUCAACAAAUGUAACUCGAUUUCUACGUUUUGUUACAAAUAUUUCUUCUUCACUAUCACUUAUACUUUCUCUAUCACGAUCUCUUUCACUUUCAAAUAGUUCUAACUCAAAAUCAGUGAAAGCUACUUGGAAUGCUAGAAAUGAAAAAUAAUAUAUAAUUUAAAGAAAUAAAUAUGAUAUAUGUGAAUCAAAAUAAUAUGGCAAAUUUACUUUGAUUCAUUAUAUCCAUAGAUUGAAUAAUGCUUUUUCUCCUUGGUUUUUCAAAUGAUACUUCUUUUAUCGUUGGUAAGCCAGAUUUAGGCUGAAAUACUGGCAAAUGUUGAUUAAAAAGUGCAGGGCCACUCCAUGUUUGUCUUCGUUUAUAUUUGCAUUUAGAUGAACCUUCUUGACUUAUGUUAUCUCCAGAAACAAUACGAGUUUUUAGUAAUUCUAUGCGUUCUUCUAAUAAUUGAUUAAUACGAUCUUUUUCUUGCAAUUUAGAUUCCAUUUCUUCAACUUUUGCGGAUCGAUUUUCAUUCUUUGUUUUCUGAAAUAACAAGUCCAUGCAAUUACAAUUCAAAGUAAGAUGAGAAAUAUUAAAAAUUUGUUAUUAUAAUAAUUAACAAACCUGUAAUUCUUCUUGAAGUAUAGCUAUUUGCUUUGCAUAGCGUUUCAAAAGUGCUGCAUCAGACAUGACUUCAUUAAUUUGUGGUUUGUUUUUCACACUUUUCGCCCGGGAGGCAAAACUAAAAUUAUACAAAUUUCAUAAAUUUAGAUUGAUAUUGAUAUCAAUAUAUAUAGAGUACUGAUUUAAAAAUAUUUAUCAACUAACGAUAAAGUGCAUUGAGUUUCUUCCAAAGCAACAGGAGUUACAGCACAUAUUAUUGCUGUCAUAGCAUUACCACCCAGUGAAUUUUGAAGCAAUCUUGUUAAUUUGCUGUCACGAAAAUUAACAUAUUUUUGACUGUCUUGGGAUUCACUUAAUUGUUUAAUUACUAAACUCAAAGUGGAUAGAGAUAAAUUAAUAUGCCUUCCUUCUUUAAACCUCUCUCCAGUAGCUCCUGUUUGUUUUGCUCUUUCAGAACCAGCAAGAUCUACUAGAUUUAAUUGUGAUACCUGUAUAGCACUGUCCGAAUCUCCUCCAACUUCUCUACUUUCAAUUGUCUGAAUAGAAAAUUUAUAUUAGAAUAUUAUAUUUACAUAUAAUAUGUAAUGUAUAGUAAUUUGAACAUACAAUUCUAAACACAGUAUGACUUCUGCUACUGCGUUCAUUCAUAUCAGUUUCCCCUAUUCUUCUAUUUCUAUUUCCUUUUUUCAUUAUAGAUAGCACAUUUUCGGGACUGUUUGUAA